CUGUGAUGGAGACUUAAGCCGGGAUGGAGACUGAAGCCGGAUCUUGAAGGGCAACGAACCGCGGAGAGAGCAAGUCGUUUACAUAUGGUGGCAGCGAGUGUGGGCGCCCCUAGAGACCCAAAAGAUGGAUUUUAAAGAAUUAAUAGAAAUGAUUAUGAAGAACGCCGCUGCUCAGGAGGAGCAGACAAAGAAAAUGGAGAGAUGGACGAUGGAGAUGGGGUGGGCACCGCCGAAGACUCAGGAGCGGGAGCCAACCGAGUUGGAACGGUUGCUCCAGGAGUGGGAGCAGGCUAGCACAGCUCCGCAGUCUCCCGAGCCAGAAGGGGAGGAGCCGCCGCUUCCGGAGCCCAGAGGGGAGGAGCCGCCGCUUCCGGAGCCCAGAGGGGAGGAGCCGCCGCUUCCGGAGCCCAGAGGGGAGGAGCCGCCGCUUCCGGAGCCCAGAGGGGAGGAGCUGCCGCUUCCGGAGCCCAGAGGGGAGGAGGUGAAAGGCAUACCUCCACCACCGCCCCGACCACCACCCCUGCGGUCCAGUCCGGCACAGCUGCAUGCGGUCCCUUGCCCCUCGCUCCUGGACACCCUGUCGGUUGGUCUGGACCUCCCUGCACUAGACCUAGAGCCCAGGAGUCGGCAGAAGCGGACAAAGUUCUCCACCUCGUUCCCUGCUCCGCUCCUCCCGGACACUAAGACGUCGCUGUACUGCUCCUAGACGUCGCUUACGCUCCCCCUGGUCACUGCUUCGCUCCCCCUUGCUGACCGGACGUCGCUGCACUGGGUCCCAGCUGCAGACCUCUGCCCGCUGCUGCAGCCUCCAGUGCCCAGGUUGUCGUUCCGGUCGCCCCUGACAAACCGUUGGGGUCCCUCGUCGCCGGUGCGCGGUCCCUACCUGGCUGGGCCGGGACGUGGACCGAUCCACCC